AUGCGCCAAGGAACCGGCUCACUACAGAACGGGGGGGGUGGGGUGUUUGGGGUUGGUGGUGGUUGUGGUGGGUUGGGGGAUGGGGGGGGGGGGGGGGGUUUGGGGUGGGGGGUGGGUGGUUGGGGUGGGGGUGGUUUGGGGGGUGGGGGUGGGGGUGGGGGGGGGGAGGGGGGUGGGGGUCGGGUGGGGGGGGUGGGGGGGGUUUGUGGGGGGGGGUGGGGGGGUGGGUGCGGGGGGGGGGUGUGGGGUGUGGGGGUGGGGGGGGGGGAGUGGGGGGGUGUGGGGUUCUGA